CUCCGUAGAGUAAGAAUAGUACUAGUAGUAGUAGUAGUAGUAGUAAGUGUAGUAGUAAUACUUAUACAGUCCGCGCGGUCAUUGGCGCGUCCCGGCACUGGUAGUUUGUUGUUUUCGUCUGGGACGGGUGAAGGGGAGCAGCGUCGGCGGUGCGGUCGUCGGAUAUUUAUUUUUUCACUUUUUCUCCAGUGGCCAGUGUUCACCACGGUUCCCAAACUUAGUGGCGUUGUUGCGGUAGUGCGACCUUUCCGCCGGCGUCGUUUUUUUAACCGUUUUCGCGCGCGCUUAUUAACAUUAUCGUUUUGAUUUCGACCGAAGAACGUUCUCAGUGCUGUAGCUGCUGCGGCAGUGUACUCUUUUCCGUCUGUUGAUUGUGUGCCGGAGUGAUAAGAUUUAAAAUUAUUGUCAAUUGUGUAUGCUAUUUUCAAAAAGGUGCGGGUAAAAGUGCGAGAACACCGAAACGUCCCGAUGGAACACGGCUGAACCACGUCUCCUGAAAGUGCUACCGCUAUGGAAGCCGAGCAUGUCUCGGCAGAGCUGAUCUCCGUGUUCGGUUGACCGCAAUUGCGGCGAGUUAGGUGGACAGUCGGGGCUAGAGUGUUUAGCCGUCCGACUGUGCGGCGUAAUGUUGCUGGAACACGGAGCCGCGGCCCUGUUGCUGCUGGUCCGCAGCGUGUUUGCGUACCUGCUGGUGGUGUCUGAUACCGACUCGCCGGGCCUGGUGCUUUUCGAUGGUGGCACUCCGUUCUAUGACCGACCAGCCAGACGGUAUGCACUAAAUCCGGAGAAGAGUGGUGACUUUGUUUCAAAACUGUUGCGCGUUGAUCACUAUACCGGAUCUGUUAUACUUGAACAGCAGUUGGAGUGUGAUGGAUUCAAAUAUCCAGACGUUUUUACGUUCUAUAUAGAUUCUACAUCUAACGAUACUCUUGAGUACAUGUCUGUACCUCUGAGAAUGGUGAUCAAGGGUUGUGAUAAAAACAAAAUUGAUUCUUUAUUAAACUCUCGUAUUGAACUUGCCAAAAAGUGGUCAAGUAAAACAUUAGUUUCAGUUAUUUUAUCAGAAUUAAAUCUCAAGUCCGGCUUUGGUAUUACUACAGAUGACUUAAACAAAAAAUGUUGGCGGCAAAGUGAAUUUGUUGCACCUCUUGGACCUUCUGUAAUUCCUCAAAGUGUGUUUAAUGACUGCAAAGUACGGUAUGUGGAUGUAAGUGACAAUAGAUUUAGAGUAGAGUCAAAAUCUGGCGAUCUUGUGGUGGCUGAAAAUUUUUGUGCAACACUUGAUCCAAUGUCUAUCGUUGUUAUGAUAUCUUAUCAAUGUGAUGUCAAUAGUGAAAUAGUGUCACCUUCGGAACAUUAUAUUAAAAUGAUUCUUUGGCAUAAAAGAAGUUUAACUGAAACUGGACGUGUACGUAGAGAAGUAGAAAUGGCUGAUAGUGGACUUCAAUUUGAAAGAAGUUUAUAUGUAGCUAGUGUGGCAGAAGAACUUCCAUCUGGCACAGUAGUUUGUAGUGUCCAUGCAAGAAGUAUGCCUCCGAAUAACAAUCCAAUUGAAUACCAAAUGAGUCCUAUCAUUGAUACUAGAUCACAUGCAAUGUUCACCAUUGAUUCCAAUUCUGGUUUAGUCACAACAUUGGUAUCAUUAGAUAGAGAAUUUAUGGAUGUACAUUAUUUACGAGUCAUUGCUAUAUAUACAACAUCUCAUCCAUCUACAGCAACUACAACACUUCAAGUAAAUGUGGUAGAUGCUAAUGAUCACUCUCCUGUAUUUGAGUCUGCUUCUGGAAUGUAUGAAGCUUCUGUAAGGGAAUCUGUUUCUGUUGGAACUACAAUUAUUACCAUACGAGCAACAGAUUUAGAUAUUGGACUUAAUUCUCAAAUUGAAUAUUCUAUUGAAAGUAUUUCUGGUGGUGGUUUGAAUGCUAGUGCAGAUGAAACUUUUGGAAUAGAUCUUCGUAGUGGUAUGGUUAGUGUUAGGCGAAAUUUAGAUCGUGAAGUGUGUGAAGUUUAUACAGUCAUGGUUAAAGCAAGUGAUCAAGCAGUACCGCCUUCACCAAGACGUUCAGCAAUUGCUUCAUUAGUAGUAAAAGUAUUGGAUGACAAUGACAACUAUCCACAAUUUUCAGAACGAGCUUAUACUGCUAAUGUUGCUGAAGACCUAAAUCCUAACCAAAGACCAGUUAUUGCUACAAUUAAAGCUACUGAUGCUGACCAAGGUUUGAAUGCUGUUGUGAGGUAUGCCAUAAUUGGUGGAAAUACUCAGGGACAAUUUUCUAUUGAUAGUCAAAAUGGAGAAGUUUCACUAGUUAAAUCUUUGGAUUAUGAAGCUAUGCGAAGUUAUCGAAUUAUGAUUAGAGCUCAAGAUGGUGGGAAUCCAAGUCGGUCUAAUACAACUUUAUUAUUAGUAAAUGUAAAGGAUGUGAAUGAUAACCCUCCUAGAUUUUACACUUCGCUUUUUCAAGAAUCUGUCUUAGAAAAUGUAGCUGUUGGAUAUAGUAUUGUUAGAGUUCAAGCUUAUGACGCUGAUGAAGGAGAAAACGGUGCUUUAAAGUAUCGAAUAUUUCCAAGAGACUUUGAGGGUGCUCCUACUGAGAACUUACCAAUAACUAUAGAUGAAAAGAGUGGUUGGGUGUAUACAACUCACCUUUUAGACAGAGAAACUAAUCCCAAAUAUCAAUUUCAAGUUGUGGCUGAAGAUGGUGGUGAUCCACCAAAAUCCGCUACAACAAGUGUUGUAGUCACUAUUCAAGAUGUUAAUGACAAUGAGCCAAUAUUUAAUCCAAAAGAAUAUGAGGUUGUUAUUAGUGAAGACUCCUCUCCAGGAACCCCACUUACAACUGUCAUAGCUACUGACCCAGAUGAGAACCCAAGAUUACAUUAUGAAAUAGUUAGUGGAAAUUUAAGAGGAAGAUUUGCUAUUGCAACUCAUAGUGGCAAAGGAUUAGUUACUGUAGCUCAACCACUUGAUUAUAAACAAGAAAAGCGUUUUAUUUUAUCUGUUUCCGCAACUGACUCUGGUGGUUUAUUUGAUACUGCUACAAUAUAUGUUAAUGUGACUGAUGCUAAUAAUUUUGCCCCUUUAUUUGAUAAUGCACCCUAUACUGCUAGUAUUUAUGAAGAUGCUCCAGUUGGUUCUACAGUUCUUGUUGUCUCAGCCACUGAUGGUGAUGUUGGUCAAAAUGCUUUAAUUACUUUUUCUUUAGCAAGUGGUUAUGGUGAUGCCUCAGAGUUUACCAUCAAUUCUCAAACCGGUGUUAUUGUCACAACAAAAGCAUUAGACCGUGAAGUUCAAAGUGGAUAUUUACUUACAGUAACUGCUCGAGAUGGUGGUAAUCCUCCACUCUCAGAUACUACUGAUAUAGAAAUAUCAGUUACUGAUAUUAAUGAUAAUGCACCACAGUUUUUCAAUGCUUCAUAUUAUGGAUCAGUUUCUGAAGAUGCUCUGACUGGAACUAGUGUUCUUCAAGUUAGUGCAUCAGAUGCAGAUUCAGGUUUGAAUGGUCGCAUUAAAUAUGCUUUAGAUGAUGGUGUUGAAGCUUUUGUUAUUGACCCAACUUCUGGAAUACUAAGAACUGCCACUUCUUUAGAUAGAGAAAGCAUUCCUCAAUACAAUAUUCAUGUAUUUGCAAUUGAUAAAGGUUCACCAUCUCUUUCUACAGCUGUGCCUGUUACUAUUCGUAUUGAAGAUGUAAAUGAUUCACCACCUGUUUUUGAAUCUGACAAAUUAGUCAUGUACAUCCCUGAAAACUCACCCAUAGGUUCUACUGUUGGAGAACUGUAUGCUAAAGACCCAGAUGAAGGGCCUAACGCAAUUGUUCAAUAUUCUAUAAUUGGUGGAGAUGAUGCUAGCAGUUUUUCCUUGUUAAGAAGACCUGGAGUUGAUAAAGCUGAACUAUUAACUUCUGUUGAACUAGACUAUGAAUCAAAUAAAAAAAAAUUUGAUCUAGUAGUUCGUGCUUCAUCGCCUCCAUUACACUCAGAUGCUCCAUUAACUAUAUAUUUAACAGAUGUAAAUGAUAAUGCCCCAAGACUUUCAGAUUUUCAAGUCAUUUUUAAUAACUUUAAAGAUUAUUUUCCUAUUGGAGUGUUUGGUCAAGUUCCUGCAUUUGAUGCAGAUGUAUCUGAUAAGCUUAUUUAUCGAAUAAUAUCAGGAAAUAAUGCUAAUUUAGUCAAAUUAAAUGAAUCAACUGGUAUGCUAACCUUGUCUCCUCAGCUAAAUACUAAUGUACCCAAGAUUGCUUCAAUGGAAAUAUCAGUUACCGAUGGAGUAAAUGAAAUCAAAGCUACUAUGACUCUAAUAGUAAGAUUAGUCACUGAUGAAAUGCUUUUUAAUUCAGUUACUGUUCGAUUAGCUGAUAUGACUAAAGAAGCUUUUUUAUCUCCGUUGUUGGAAUUUUUCAUAUCUGGUUUAGCUGCGAUUAUUCCAUGCCCAAAAGAAAAUAUAUAUGUUUUCAGUGUACAAGAUGAUACAGAUAUUGAUGGAAGAGUUUUAAAUGUAAGUUUUUCAGCAAAACAGCCAGAUGGAGUUUUUUAUACUCCUCAAUAUCUUCAAGAACGUGUUUAUUUAAAUCGAGGAAUACUUACUCGUUUAUCAACUCUUCAGAUUUUACCGUUUGAAGAUAAUUUGUGUGUUCGAGAACCUUGUUUGAAUUUUGAACUUUGCUUAACUGUUUUGAAGUUUGGGAAUGCUUCAUCAUUUAUUAGUAGUGACACUGUAUUGUUUAGGCCAAUAUACCCUGUAACUACAUUUGCUUGCCAAUGUCCUCAUGGUUUUACUGGGAGUCAAAAAUAUUUUAUGUGUGAUACUGAAGUGGAUUUAUGCUAUUCUAAUCCUUGUAAAAAUGGAGGUCAGUGUCGAAGUAAAGAAAGUGGAUAUUCAUGCAUUUGUCCACAUCGUUUUACUGGCGACAAUUGUGAAAUCAACUUAAACCAUGAUGAAUGCAAACCAGGAAUAUGUCAUUCAGGGGCUACUUGUACACCAUUAAAAAGUGGUGGAUUUUUGUGUGAUGAUUGUUCUCCAGCUGGUACUUUCGAACACUAUGAUGAAGUUUGUAGACUGCGUUCUCGAAGCUUUCCAAAAUCUUCAUUUUUGACCUUUCCAUCUUUGAAACAAAGAAAUCGGUUACAUAUUUCCUUAAAGUUUGCAACAUUAGAGGAAUCUGGAUUGCUAUUAUAUAAUGGUCGAUACAAUGAACGUCAUGAUUUCAUUGCCUUGGAACUUAUUGAAGGUGGUCGUGGAAUGCAAUUUUCAUUUUCUUUAGGAUCUGAAAUUACUUAUGUAAUUGCAUAUCCACCUAAUAGUGUAGUAAAUGAUGGGCUUUGGCAUUCUGUCACAGUAUCUUAUAUUAAUCGAAGCGCAACACUUAGUUUAGAUGACUGUGAUGUUCCAUUAACUAUAAAAUAUGGUACAAAACUUGGUUAUUCUUGUGCUAAUGUUUCUACUCAAGUUUUAGAAAAAAGAUGUGAAAUAUUAACUGAAAGUUGUCAUCGUUUUUUGGAUCUUACUGGUCCCCUUCAAAUUGGUGGAUUGCCUAUGUUACCAGAUUCUACUAGUUUUCAAGUAAAAAGUAAAGAUUUCAUAGGAUGCAUUGCUGAUUUAUAUAUAGACUAUAAACUUCUUGAUUUGAAUAGUUUUGUUGCUGAUAAUGGUACCAUCAUUGGAUGUCCAGAACGCAAAUCUUUAUGCGUGGAUACUCCUUGCUUCAAUGGUGGUAGUUGUUCUGACCACUGGGGUACAUAUAAAUGUGACUGUCCCAAAUUGUGGGGAGGAAAAAACUGUAGUCACGCCAUACAAGCUCUUUGGCAUUUUUCUGGUGACGGUAUUGUAGCAUUCAAUCCAUUAUUGCGUACUAUUCAAUUUCCAUGGUAUACAUCAUUAUCAUUUAAAACUAAGAAAGCUGAUUCUUCAGUCAUUUCUGUGAAUAUAGGACAAAAUACUACUGCUCGAAUUUAUCUGGAAAGUGGUUUCAUUGUUUAUAUCGUUGAUGGCCAAAAAGCAGUAUUUAGUAAUGUGCAAAUUAAUGAUGGUGAUUGGCAUAAUCUUGAAAUUGUAUGGCAGAAUACAGGCGGAAUAAAAUUUAUUCUAGAUUAUGGAAUACGUUCUACCAUCAAAACGCUCAAUGCUAAACUUCAAGGUCAAUUUAUUGGAAAAAUUCAAUUAGGAAAUUUUAAUGAAGAUUUAACUAAUGUUGAUGAAAAUACUGGAUUUGAAGGCUGUAUUAAAGAUGUUCGAAUUGGUCAUAGUGGAGGAACUACUGUAUUAGAAAUUCCUGAACUUAUGAUACGUGUUAGUGAAGAUUGUAAACAAGAUAAUCCAUGUAAUGGUAAUAAAUGUCCAAAACAUAGUGAUUGUAUUCCUUCGUGGCAUAAUUAUACAUGUAGAUGUCACACAGGAUUUGUGGGAAUUACUUGUGAUAGUGUAUGUGAUACCAAUCCUUGUGAAAAUAAUGCUCUAUGUGUUGAAGAUCGAAAGAGUUUCCGUGGUUAUCAUUGUCAAUGUAAUUCGUCUACAUAUAAUGGUGAUUACUGUGAAAAUGAACUGAAAGAGUCAUGUCCUAUAAGUUGGUGGGGACAUCAUCGAGGAGUUUGUGGUCCAUGUAAUUGCAUGGUAGACAAUGGUUAUAAUCCUCACUGUAACAAAACUACAGGACAAUGCUAUUGCAAGGAUUAUCAUUAUACUCCUCUCAAUUCUAAUAAAUGUCUUGAAUGUGGAUGUUAUAAUGUGGGUUCUUUUGACCGAUCAUGUGAUCAAACUACUGGUCAAUGCAAAUGCCGUCCUGGUGUGAUUGGUCUCAGAUGUGAUCAAUGUCCAAAUUCCUAUGCUGAAGUUACGUUAAAUGGAUGUGAAGUUAUAUAUGAUGGCUGUCCAAAAAGUACAGCUGGCAAUAUAUGGUGGCCUAGAGCAAAAUGGGGAGAAAUGGUAACUGAAAACUGUCCAUCUGGUUCUCAAGGCAAAGCGACACGUUUAUGUCUUAAUACGUUGGAUGGAUGGCAAUCACCUGAUAUUUUCAAUUGUACUUCAAAUUCGUUUAUAGACCUUCAGAGACUUUUGAUUGGAUUAGAAACCAAAUCUAUUAAGGUAACUACAUUCGUUGCAGUAAAUGGUGCUAUUAGUCUUCAUAAAGCUGUCAAUAAUACUCCUGUUCUCCAUGGUUCUGAUGUUCUUAUUGGUCAACAACUUGUACAACAUUUAUUAUCUCAUGAAGGGUCUUUGUCGGGUUUGAAUUUGACACAUAGUCAGGAUAAAGAUUAUAUACUGAAUUUAAUUAUGGCUUCAAGUCGUUUGUUAGACUUAAAUGAAAGUGACCAUUGGAAACAUAUUAAUAGUAUGACGUCACAAGGGCCAUUUAAUUUAAUGAAUACAAUUAAUAACUAUGUGGCUACUUUAUCUACUACUCAACAUGAUACUUAUACUGAUCCAUUUGAAGUUGUUAGUCCUAAUAUUGUUGUUGGCUUGGAUGUAGUGUCAGCAGAGAGUUUAUUUGGGUUUGAACCUGAACAUGAGCAACCAGAUUUAUCUACUUCUGCAUUAACAGAAGAAAAAGUAGUUUUACCUGACUCAUCUAUACUCCAACCAGCUAUACAAGUUUUAAGUUUAAAACCUGGUUCAGAAAUAUUAGGUUUGAAAAAUAUGGGUAGCCCUGUAGUUGUUUUACCAAAAUAUAAUAAUUAUCUUCUGGAUAAUUCUAAAUUUGAUAAACACACUCAAAUAAUGGUGCCCAUUGAUUUGCUGGGAAUUGAGCCAAUAAAACAUGGAAUGACCACAACUAAGGGACAACUUUCUAAAAAUGAGGCAGUUGUUGGCUAUGUACAAUAUCGAACACUUGGUGCAUUGUUACCUUUACAUUAUGAUGAUACUGUUUUAAAAAGAUAUUCUGUAGACCUUCAAGUAGGAUCUCCAGUUAUUUCAUUAGUUGCAACUCUAAAUCAGAACAAUCCAAAGAGAAAACAGCGGCAUGUGAAUGGUAAAGAAAUUUCAGAAUUAUCUGAUAUGGUACCUUUAGAUUCUCCAAUUCGUAUUAAAAUUUGGAUAAACAAAAAUCCAGUAACGCUAAGAUCUAAUCCACAAUGUGUACGGUGGUCAACUUCUAGAGUACUGAAUGGUGAAUGGACUCGAGCUGGUUGCCAUACAGAACUACCAGAAGAUGAUUGGUGGAAAAAGGAUCCUAUUUACAUUAAUUGUACAUGUAAUCAACUAUCAACAUAUGCUGUUCUUACUGAUGUGGUUGAUGAACAUUACAUAGUUGAAUAUUCAAAUCUAGAACUAUUCUUAAUUCUGAUAUCAUUUGGAUUAGCAAUCAUUGCCCUUAUUGUAACAUGUGUAUUAUUAGUAGCAGUGCGUGCAGGAACUAAUACUAGUUCCAUUUAUUCACAUUUUGCUUUAUGUUUACUUCUUACACAAUGUGUUUAUUUGGCUGCUACUCAAACACGAGGAACUCUCUAUACUUUUGAGAUAUGGUGUAAAUUUUGUUCUAUAACUUUGCAUUAUUUAUGGUUAGCAACUAUUGGUUGGUGUUUAGUGGCUGCUCUACACUUAUACCGAAUGCUUACUGAACUAAGAGAUGUAAAUCAUGGUCAAAUGGGUUUUUAUCACAGUAUUGGUUAUGUUUUGCCAGCUAUAAUUGUCAGUUUAUCAGUUGGAGUCCGUAUAAACCAAUAUGGAAAUUACUAUUUUUGUUGGUUAUCAGUUUAUGAGUCUGUUAUUUGGAGUUUGAUUGGUCCUACUUGUCUUGCUGUGGCUAUCACUGUUAUUGUAUUACUUCUUUGUAUAAGAGCAGCGUUUACAUUAAAAGAUCAUGUGCUCGGUUACGGAAAUCUAAGGAGUGUUUUGGUUGUACAAGUGAUCUGUGUGCCUAUACUAGUUGGUGUCUGGUUACUAGAAGUAGUUGUAGCAUCAGAACGUGAUACACGACUUACAUAUACAUUGUGUGCUGCUGUUUGUAGUCAAGGUUGGCUUGUACUAUUGGGUCUGUGUUAUUCCAAUGCUAAGCUUCGAUGUGGAGUGCAUCACUGUGCAUUAAGGCUUAUAGGCAAAGAAAUACCUGAAAAAAAUGAACCAGAUUCUGGUAUUGGAGCAGUAUCGCCUCCAACUAUAAGAUCAUCAUUGUCUUAUCGUAAUACUGGAGUUGCAAAUCCAGAUGGAGUUAGAAGACCAAUUGGUAUUUCUAUGUCUAGUACCACUUCCAGAUCAACAACUAAGACGAGUAGUAGUCCCUAUAGAAGUGAUACUCAAUUAAGGAAUACAUCAACAACAACAAGUAAUUAUGACCAUUCAACAUCUGACUUACCAUCUAGUUUUCAUCGAACUCAACAUACAUCAGAUUCAGAUUCUGAAGGAUCAGGAGAAGGAAGAAGUUUAGACCUGGCUUCUUCUCAUAGUAGUGAUGAAGAUAACUCUUCUCGCCAUAGAGGUCGUAGGAGUAAUGUUUCUUCAAACCGACCUCCACCUUUCUUACCAAACAUACAUGAAGAUCCAGGAUUACCUCCAUCCCUCAAUGUAAUUACAAAUUCUCAAUUGUUUCCUAAUUUAAAACCAUUGUAUGCUCCAAGAUGGACUAGUCAGCAUUAUCCAACAGUUCAAGAAGAAGACCAUGCUGUUGGACAACAUCGUUGGACAGGAUCUACAAUAUCUGAUCAAGAUAAUUCCGUUAUAAAUAAUCGGAUGUCUCUUGAACCACCUCUACUAAGUAAUGAACAUUUUGGUUUUCACCAUAAGAGUUCAACAUUUAAUUCUCUAAAUAAGACUGAAUCAGAAGGUGAUGUAGAUGAUAAAGCUAGUCUUGGAGACAAAUACUUAUUUCCUUAUACAGCUGAGGAAGAUCAUUGUUACUCACCAUAUCGAGAUAUAUAUGGUGAUAACCAUAGAGGAAGUGAUUUAUAUGGUAUUUCUAUGCCACCUCCCAUGACUAACCGAGGAAGUGAAAAUGGAUCGUUACAUAGUGUGGAUAAUAGGUUUGUAACAGCUCGAGCUUAUAGCCAACCAGUGUCACCAUCUACUCAUGCUUCCACUUCUACUCUUAAUUUACAAUCAAGACAUGGUUACACAAAUGAGUAUGGUAUACAGGAAAUUAUGGAAUCCGAUGAAGAAGUGGAAGGAUUCGAGUGAAACUCCAGUUUAACAUUGAUUAACACAGUACAAAUUUAUCUAUUCUUUUUUUAUCUUUCUACAUUUUAUAUUUAAUCUUGUGCAAUAUGUAUUAUAUUGAUUUAAAUGAUUGCUUCCUCUAGGUUUGACUCCAUAUUAUAUGUUAAUAUAAAAUAAGUAUAUAUGAAACAAUGAAACAUACUAUGUAUGUAGUAUGUAUGAAAAUUUUAUGGUCUCAUUUAUUGUUUAUAUUUUUUGUAUUUAUGUUUUUUAUUUUAAUUCAUAUUUAGUUGUACAUUUUAAAUUUAAGAAAAGUUUGAACUAGGGUGUCUAAUUGUUAUUAUUUUCUGGUUUCCCUGCUAAGCAUCAUGGUUUCAAUUUAUUUUAAACAACUUAUAGUAAAUGUUACUAAACUAAUAUUCAUAUUUUAUUAUUUACAACUUAGUUUAAUAUUUUUACCAAGUACAUUUGUAUAAAUUUCAAAAAUAUUUUACAAAUAAUUUAAAAAAAAUGUUUUUUUGCACUAAAAUUAAUUUAAAUCAAUUAAUUAUUUACAUUAUUUAAAAUGAUAAUCACACAUUUUAUAAACAUUUAAGAACCCUAGUUAAAGCAUAGGCCAAUAACCAAUCAGCCACACUUCCACUGCCAUGGACCUUGUAUAGACAAACAUUUAGGCAUAUAUCUAUUAUAAUAUCAUCUCACAUAAUCACAUAUCUUUAUUAAUCUCAAUGAAUGUAAUUUAUUUUUACUUUCUUUUUGGUGCCAUACUGUCUUGAGUUGGUCCAAUCAUUUGUGAUAUGUAGGCGUAAGUAUAACAUUCUAUUUUGAUGAUAAUUCAUAAAAUGCUGUAUAUUACAUUGUUAUCAUUACCAAUUUUAUAUAAUAUCAUCAUAUAUAUAAUUUUCAUAUGAUAAUACUUGAACUAUAUAUAACUGUAAAGUAUAAAAUCCAAUAACUAUGAUUUUUGAUACUUUGUAAAAUUAUUAAAACUUACAAUAUUUGAUGAAAAAUCGUGAUUUUACUUUUAUUUUUGAUUUAACAUUCCAAAAGAGUUGUGAUUUUUAAUUUAUAUUUUAGAAACUAAUAAUACUUAUGACUGUAUAUAAAGUAUAUAUUUAUAAAUGCAAAUAUAUUAUACAUAGAAUUUUUUUU